GACCACCCGUUUGACGGGUCUAUUUGUCGGUCACGUUACGUCUUGUCACUGUUUUCUGGAUUCCAUACAAGAGCUCCAUGGCUUGAUCAACAUAGGUCGCACCACUUGCGACUUCAAUCUUAGGACCCAGUAAAACGUAAGGGAAUGAAAAACUUCCGACUCGAUGGGGUCACGUGGCUGUGCCUGUAUAGGACGAUGAUGAGCUCGCUAGGCAGGCCUCGCGUUUGGAGGAUGUUUUCGAGCUCGAGCAUGCCAUGCGCUGAUCACGGACGUGUCCUGUUCCAAGGGACGAUGCCGGAUCACUUUGCCACUGCUGAGUCCGAUGUGGCGGGUCGUCCGAGCAUGCCCGAGGUUAACUCGCGAUUGAAGGAGCUGGUGAAACUCGGUCAGUUGAGCGAUGCUCGCAGGAUGUUCGACGAUAUGCCUCGCCGGGACGAGAUUUCGUGGACCACGAUGAUUUCCGGAUAUGUCGCUGCCAUAAAAGCCGGCGAGGCUCUGGGCUUGUUCUUGACUAUGUGGGUUGCGCCGGGGCUCAAGAUGGACCCUUUCAUCCUCAGUCUCGCGCUCAAGGCCUGUGGACUCGCCGUGAAUCUGAAACUUGGCGAGUCAUUACAUGGGUAUGCUGUGAAAUCGGGACUAAAGAACUCCGUUUUUGUGGGUAGUACCCUUUUGGACAUGUAUACUAAAACGGGCAGAACCGAGCUAGGUUGUUGGGUCUUCGAUGAGAUGCCGCUGAGAAAUGUCGUUUCUUGGACCGCCAUCAUCACCGGACUAGUUCGUAGUGGUAAUUGUAGGGAGGGGUUGUCGUACUUCUCCAAAAUGUGGAGAUCGAAGGUGCAAUGUGAUACAUAUACAUUUGCCAUUGCGCUGAAGGCAUGUGCUGAUUUGGGUGCUUUGGACCAGGGGAGGGAGAUACACACUCACACUGUAAAGAAAGGAUUCGAUGAAACCUCAUUUGUUGCCAAUACCCUCGCGACAAUGUAUAACAAGUGUGGAAAGUUGGAUUAUGGAUUGCGAUUGUUUGAAAGGAUGCCAACGCGAGAUGUGGUUUCUUGGACCACAAUAAUUACUACAUACAUUCAGAUGCGUCAGGAGGAAUCUGCCAUCAGAGCUUUUCUAAAGAUGCGAGAAUCAGAUGCUAGCCCUAAUGCAUACACAUUUGCUGCAGUUAUAUCUGGUUGUGCCAAUCUCACCAAAAUUGACUGGGGCGAACAAUUGCAUGCCCAUGUUCUAUGCAUAGGUCUUUUCAGUUCUCUUUCUGUGGCAAACUCCGUUAUGACAAUGUACUCCAAGUGUGGACAGUUGACUUCGGCUUCAAUUGUUUUUAAUGAAAUGACAAUGAGGGAUGUGGUUUCAUGGAGCACAUUGAUCGCGGGGUAUUCAAAUGGAGGAUGCGGUGAGGAUGCUUUUGAGCUUCUAUCACUAAUGAGAAGAGAAGGACCAAAGCCAACUGAGUUUGCUCUUGCUAGCAUCCUGAGUGUGUGUGGAAAUAUGGCUAUCCUUGAUUCAGGAAAGCAGCUGCAUGCUCAUGUCCUGCUGAUUGGUUUAGAACAUACGUCUAUGAUACAAAGUGCUCUAAUUAACAUGUAUGGCAAAUGCGGGAGUGUAAAAGAAGCAUCACGAAUCUUUGAUGUGGCAACAAACAAUGAUGUCGUGUCUUGGACGGCAAUGAUAAAUGGAUAUGCUGAACAUGGAUACAGCCAUGAAGCAAUUGAUUUAUUUGAGAAACUGCCUGCAGUGGGCUUGAGACCGGACCCUAUCAGCUACAUUGGUGUUCUUACGGCCUGUAGCCAUGCCGGGCUGGUUGAUCUUGCAUUUCGUUAUUUUGAUACAAUGAGCGUGAAGCACCAGAUCAUUCCUACAAAGGAACACUAUGGCUGCAUGAUUGAUCUCCUUUGUCGUGCUGGUCGCCUAAUUGAGGCAGAGAACAUUAUCAAAAUCAUGCCAUUCAAACGGGAUGAUGUUGUUUGGUCAACUUUGUUGAGAGCAUGCAGAGUCCAUGGUGAUGUUGACCGUGGAAGGUGCGCUGCUGAGCACAUUCUUGAGAUCGAUCCACAUUGUGCUGGAACUCACAUUACGCUGGCUAACAUAUAUUCUGCCCAAGGGAGAUGGAGGGAAGCGGCAGAUAUAAGGAAGACGAUGAAGUCUAAGGGAGUAAUUAAGGAGCCUGGAUGGUCCUGGAUCAAGGUGAAAGAUCGUGUAUCUACAUUUGUAGCUGGUGACAGGACUCAUCUAGAAUGUGAAGAAAUAUACAAUAAUUUGGAUUUCUUGAGUCUGGGUGAAAUUGAUGUCAAUGAUGUGGAUAUAUUUCUGGAUGAUGUUGGAGAUUGAGGAAGCAAUGCUUGAUCUUUCAUUACAGUUGAGGUCAGCUCUAUUAAUUUUGACUGGCUAGAUCUUGUGACGACACAGAUAUGUGGGGAAACCAUUGCUGGUCAUGAGCAACAACUGACAACGGCGUGGAAUAUGCUAGUUGUCCUUUGUGAAAGAAUCAUUUUGGAGCCUAUCUCAAAGUUCGAAGCAGUAUGAGGUCAUCAAAUCGUCCACUACUCAAAAGUCUCCUAAGCAUACUGCAGGGCUUUUGGUUUUCGGGAGGGGAUUGCUCUCUCAAAGAUCUCAUUUACAAAGUGAACAACUAUGCAACGUUCUGAAUUUUUUUGGGAGAAACUAGUCUUGAGGAUGCGGCUUCCUUCAUGAAUGAUGUUGAGGACUUAAACGGAGCAUCCUUUCACUGUUCCAUUUUGAUGGGCUCUUUACCAGUAUUUUUAGUUACCAGAGUUGGCAGCAGAAAAGGCGCGACAGGAAAAGCUGAUUUUGCCCAAUAUGUCUAAAGCAACAGGUAUGUGGAGGUUGCAUUUUGCUUGGUUGCCUUGUUGCUGGAAGAAUGGAUGAUUUACGAAUUGAUGCAUGAUAUGACGUUUACACUGCAUGGUUCCAAUCAAAUUGCAGCUUGAAAAAUCCGUUGGUUACUCCAGGUAGACAGUUUUCCCAUCUUCUCCCGUACUGGCUUAAUAGACUUGGUGUCAAAUUCUCCAUACAUAUGCUUUCUGUUUGUAGCAGUAGAAAUAUGGAUAAAUUCACCUUCAUAAAGUAAAGACAGUUCCUUUAUAGUCUUUAACCAUAGUCAAGCUCAACUGCAUUUGCUAAUUAUAAAUACUAUCAUUCUUUCCUCUUCUCUGCUUUACAAUUCUCGAGCAUUUAGUAAUUACAUUCUUCAGGAGGAAUUUAAACAAUGAAGCAUUUUGAAUUGCCUCUUCUCUAGCUAUUUUCAUAUGCCAAGCUCGAUUAUUUGUCCAGGUAGAAGCAGGUGAUGGUUUUGGGGAACCAGAGGAAUACAUUUUAUGCUGAGUGGAACCGCUGCUUAUGCCAGUGGCUUCAAUACCUAUUGGUUGAUGUACACAGCUUCUGACCCUUCAGAUGUAUAAAAAUGCAGCUGCAUUCGUGAAGCUUCAAGCCAUGGCCUCACUGUUGCAAGAACAUGGGCUUUCACUGAUGGUGGUUACAGACCUUUACAACACUCUUCCGGUUCCUAA